CUUCCUCUUACCUGUACAUUCGUUGUCAUCGACAAUCCUUCCUCCAACAUUUCUGUAUCCUUUCCUUCUAAGACUUUCUAUACCCUUUAUUAUACGCAUUUAUGAAGAGACUAUAAAUACCCCAUGUAUCUAAUCGGCCUUUUUUCUCUAUUCCCACAUUCCAUCUGAAUUUCCUCUAGGGCUAAGGCGUGUUGACGUGGUGGUUGCCUUCAUUCCACAAAAUGGCAGCACAAAAUGCGAUUGUGUUCGAGGAUUUCUUCCCUGCUAUGGUGGAGAAACUAGGUGCUGAAGGGUUCAUGAAGGAGCUGAGCAAUGGGUUUCGGUUGUUGAUGGAUGGAGACAAAGGGAUGAUCACUUUCGAAAGCUUGAAGAGGAACUUGGCUUUGCUUGGAUUGCAAGACAUGACCGAUGAGGAACUGGUUUGCAUGUUGAGAGAAGGCGAUUUGAAUGGAGAUGGUGCUUUGGAUGAGAUGGAAUUUUGUACUCUAAUGUUUAGGCUGAGCCCUGCCUUGAUGAAGAGUUCCAGAAAGUUGUUGGUAGAAGCUUUAAUUAACGAAAUGUAAUCCUUUUGUUUGCAUUCAGAGAAAAAAAAAGUGCAAGUGUUCUUCUUGUUCUAGGCCAUUGUUUACCAGCCAAUUACUCCGUGAUCAAUUGUUGGAAAAAAAAUGUCAAUGCAGCUUCUCUUUUCUCAA